AUGAAUAAGCACAACUCACAGCAAGCUUUGACACCAACCUCAAACAGAUUAUUUGGAAAUAUUGUUGGUGGGUCAUAGCUGAAUCUUAAUAAAAAUGCACAACCAAAUAAGCGCCUCAAGUAAUCUGGAGAUAACGAAUUCUAGCAGGAGACUGAAGAGUUUAUGAUAGAUGAAGAUGAAGUGAAGGCUGCGCUGCAGCAAAAUCAUACUGAAAAUAUGUCAUAAGGAUCAUUAAUAGAGGAGGAAACGUCCAAGCAAAUUAGCAGUGGAUCAAUAAAAACACUUUCAUCUUAGACAGAUGUAGGUAAAGGGUAACCACUAGGCUUCAUUAAUAUUAAAUCUAACUCAGAUAACUCUAAUAGGAAUAUUGAGAAUGAAUCAUAGCUCUGCAUAAAUCUAGAGUAUGAUAGUAUCCAUGAAUCUAAUUUGCCUGGAAAGAACUAGUUAUCUUAGUAAAAUAAGACAUCUGCUAAUACAAAGACUUGCUCUUAGGGCUAUAACUAAAACUCAAACUUAAGUGCUGCAAGUAAUACAUUAAAAAAUACGAAUAACAAAAACUCAAAUAUGGCUACUAAUUCAUAAUCAGAAAAAUUACAGGUAAAAAAGCUAUAUCUUGCAGGAAGCAAGGAUAGGACAUAGAAUUAGUCUUAAAAUAGUCAAAGUAAAUAAAGGAGAUUAUCUAAAUCUCAAUAAUAAUCAUAAAAAUCAGUAAAAUCUAAUAGAGAUGAUGGAAUAGUUUAAGAUAAAAUUAUCUUAAAUCCAAGUAAUCAAGAGAUAUUCAAAAAAUAAAUAGCUGAGCUUAGAUAGAAGUAUGAAAAUAUAAUAAUGAAUGAGUUUUCAGAUGAAGAUCUUUGGAAAUGUGAUGUGUGUCUAGGAAAAGAAAGCGAGGAUGAUGAUCCAUUGUACUAAUGCGAUCUAUGUAUGGUUGUUGUUCAUCCGACCUGCUACAGAAGAGACCUGUAUGAAGAAGUCUACGAUAAUUCUGACUAAGAAGAUCAACCUUGGUUUUGUGCAAGAUGCAAGUAUAUACUCAAAGAGAGUCCUCCUGGGAAUGAUCUAUCUAAACUUCCAAAUUGCUUUCUUUGCCCAGACUAAUAAGGGUCAUUGAUUGAUCUAGACACAAAAGAAUGGGUUCAUCAUAAUUGUGUAAAUUGGCAUCACGAAAUCUGGUUUGGUGAAAAAGAUCCAAAAUUGAGAAAAUACGGAGGAGAGUUAAACUUUGAAAGGUUUGAGUUGAAUUGCUAUAUUUGUAGAAUUAAAUAAGGAUCCUGUAUAUAAUGUGAUUUGAGUACUUGUAACAAAUCUUUCCAUGUUAGAUGUGCCAUCAAAGAAAGUUUGAUUGUUUCAGAGAAAGAAAUGGAGGAUUUAAGACUAGGCAAUUGGGAUGUAAAAAUAUUUUGCUCUAAACAUACGAAUGUUGGCAAAAAGAAAGUUCAGAGAAUUCAACUACAAAAGUUCCUAACAACAAAUGGAAACUAAGAGGCUGCUAGAUCAAUAAUAAUUGAUGACUAAGAUGAGGAAAAUGAAAGGAUGACCAGACGAUAAGCUAUUAUAUAGUAACAACAAUAAGCUCUUCCAUCUAGAAAAAGACUCUCUGUGAUAAAUGAAAUAGACAUUGACAGGGUGAUGAAAGGUGACUUUGAAAAUUCUGCAAAUUCUAAUACUCUCAACUUUGAUAAGCCAAAGACUAAUGUUAUCAAUAAUUAGCCAAUAUAAUAAUUCCCUCGAGCUAACCAAAUUAAUUCUAAUUCAGGUUUAUUGGGUAUAACUUGUGAUUUCGAUGAUAAAAGUAUUCCAACAAAAGCUAAGAAGAGUAAAAGUAGAUUUAUACCAGAUUUCUCUAAAUGUGAUAUAAUAAAGCCAUUAGGGGCAGAAUAGAUUCCCAAAAGUAAUGAUAAUGAGCAUCCAAAGAUACCUGGACUACCUAAGCCACUAAUUCCGCCAUAAAAUAGAGUUAGUGAUUCUAUUCUUAGCAGAAGCUCGUUCUAAUCUAUAAACUCUGAUUUGGGUAAAUCAACCAAUAGAGGAUUAUCUACAGGAUUCAUUAAGCAAAGAAAUUCAGUUGAGCCAUCUCAAUGCUUACAAGCUAUUUUAGGAGCUGACCCUAGAUUUACUUCAUCAAGCAAUAACUAGAGUGAUCAUAUAUCUUCAAGAACAACAGCGACAUCUUAAUUUAGGAAUAAUCAACUAUAGCAAUCUAUUACAAUUGAGUCCAUCAACACAGAGAAUCCUCAUAAGUUUAAGAUACCUAAGAAACUAUAAGACAUACUAAAACUUCCUGAUAAAAAGGUAACUUAUAGAGAAUUGACUUUAGGUCUGUUCAAAUUUCAUAAGCAGGUUGGCAAUUUCUACGACAAAUAAACAUAAACUUUCGAUCUGGCCAGAUAUCAAGCAUUUAGAUAGUUCUGGCCUAAUCACUAGAGAAUAGGCUGUGAAAAUAUCAAGUAGUUCUUAAUAUCAACUAUGAAUUGA